CUUCAUAUCAAAGCACGAAGCACCCCCUUUACGGUUCAGAGGCCCAAUUUUUCACCCUUGACCACACCACUCUCAUUCCUGUACGAUUGAAGAAUCUCAGCACCACCCUCUGCUGCACCUGGUUCAGUCGCCGCUCGCUUGAAAAGAUUGAAAAGAUGAGCACCUCAAGCUUAAGAAGUAUGUUGGCUCAAGCAGCUGUUAGAGGAGUAACAGAGGCAAGGGCAAAGAUAUUUGGUCAUGUACUUAACCCAACUGGUCAAAGAUCCGCCCACAAGAUUUUACGCAAGAAGUUCAUCGGUGAAAAAGUUGCGUCAUGGUAUCCAAAGGACAUCGAAAAAGAGGACCCUCUUGUCGUGGCACGCAAAGAACAAGAUCGUUUAUCGAAACUUGAAAUGUUGAAGCGUCGUGGAAAAGGAGCACCUAAGAAGGGACACGGAAAGCGUGCUGCUAAACGUAAUAAAUAGAAAUCGAUACCCAAUAUUGAACGUUUUCUUUGAUAGGCACAAAGCAAAGAGGUUGCUGCUAUUUGCCUUGAUUUUUAUCAGUCAUUUGAGAGAUAUUAAACUAGGGGGUUGUGUAGUUUCCUUAUCUUGGUUAUGUUUUUUUUUUGUAUACAUGUAUCUCUAUUUGUACGUUAUUGCUUACUGAUAACUAGUUCUUCAAAGAGAAAAAUGACGUCUCUCUUUCACAU